AUGUUUAAGAAUACUUUUCAAUCAGGGUUCCUCUCAAUCCUUUACAGCAUAGGUAGUAAACCUUUGCAAAUCUGGGAUAAAAAAGUGAGAAAUGGGCACAUAAAGAGAAUAACGGACAAUGAUAUACAGAGUCUGGUGCUGGAAAUAGUCGGAACAAAUGUCAGCACUACGUACAUCACUUGUCCGGCGGACCCGAAGAAAACCCUCGGAAUUAAACUGCCGUUUUUGGUUAUGAUCAUUAAAAAUCUCAAAAAGUACUUCACUUUUGAAGUUCAGGUACUUGAUGACAAGAAUGUUCGGAGAAGGUUUCGGGCCAGCAACUACCAAUCUACAACCAGAGUUAAGCCCUUUAUCUGUACAAUGCCCAUGAGACUGGAUGAAGGCUGGAAUCAGAUACAAUUCAACCUCGCAGACUUUACAAGAAGAGCCUACGGUACUAACUAUGUAGAAACAUUGAGAGUACAAAUACAUGCUAAUUGUCGCAUAAGAAGAGUAUACUUCUCAGAUAGGUUGUAUUCCGAAGACGAGCUCCCCGCUGAAUUCAAACUGUUCCUGCCCAUCCAAAACAAAGCUAAGGCAGCGGUUGCUACAUAA